UCAAACUCGCGGACUAUUAUUUGAUCCCCCGAUCCCACACACGUCUUCCACGCAAAUGGACCACACAAUGACGAAAACGCCCCUCACCAUCGUCCUCCUCCUCUUCUCCGCCGCCUUCCUCGCCGUGAUCCCACCUUCCACAGCCGAGAUCAAAUCCCUCGUGAUCUCCUCCGACGCCCGCCCCAUGAUCCUCUUCGAGAAAUUCGGAUUCACACACACCGGCCACGUCACCGUCUCCGUCUCCUCGGUCUCCGUCGUCUCCACCUCCUCGGAUCCGAACCCGGACCCGUCGCGCCUCGGAUUCUUCCUCCUCUCCGAAGAAUCCCUCCUCCAGGUCCUCCUCGAGAUGCAGCAGAACGCUCGCUUCUGCGUCCUCGACUCGCACUACGUCACGCACCUCUUCACGUUCCGAGAUCUGUCCCCUCCCCCCAACUCGCGCUUCAACCACUCGUACCCGGUCACCGCCCCGAACGAGUACUCCCUCUUCUUCGCCAACUGCGUCCCCGAGACGAAAGUCUCCAUGGCGGUUAGAACAGAGAUGUAUAAUAAAGAUCCCAACGGAUCUAAGGACUAUCUCCCCGCGGGAGCCACUCAGCUUCCCUCUCUCUACUCCUUCUUCUUCCUAUCCUACGUGGCGUUUCUAGGUUACUGGAGCUAUACCUGCUGGACGAAUAAGAGAGUCGUUCAUCGGAUCCAUCUCCUCAUGGCGGGACUGCUUCUGAUCAAAUCGUUGAAUCUGAUCUGCGCGGCUGAGGAUAAGCAUUACGUGAAGAUCACGGGGACGCCUCACGGAUGGGAUAUACUCUUCUACAUCUUCCAGUUCAUCCGAGUCGUUCUUCUAUUUACUGUGAUCAUCUUGAUCGGGACGGGAUGGUCGUUUUUGAAGCCGUUCUUGCAGGAGAAGGAGAAGAAUGUGUUGAUUAUUGUGAUCCCGCUUCAGGUGUUAGCCAACAUUGCUUCGAUUGUGAUCGGUGAGACUGGGCCUUUUAUCAAAGAUUGGGUGACGUGGAACCAAGUGUUCUUGUUGGUUGAUAUCGUAUGCUGCUGUGCGAUUAUUUUCCCUAUCGUGUGGUCGAUUCGGUCGUUGAGGGAGACGUCGAAGACUGAUGGGAAAGCCGCGAGGAACUUGUCGAAGCUGACGCUGUUUAGGCAGUUUUAUAUUGUUGUUAUCGGGUAUCUUUACUUCACGAGGAUUGUUGUGUUUGCGCUUAAGACGAUCGCGGCGUAUAAGUAUCAGUGGGUGAGCUUUGCGGCGGAGGAGAUUGUGAGUUUGGUGUUCUAUUUGAUUAUGUUUUAUAUGUUUAGGCCCGAGGAGAAGAAUGAGUAUUUUGCUGUUGAUGAUGAUGAAGAAGAGGCUGCUGCUUUGGCGCUUAGGGAUGAUGAGUUUGAGCUUUGAAGUUGGAGGAUGUUUUAUGGGUAAAGGUAAAGCACACGCUAAGAUUUAAUUGUUUUGUGUUGAUGAAAGCUCUUUUGAAGACUAGAGUCUAUGUUUGAUGUUGCAUCUUUCUUUUUUUUCUGUUAAAUUUUGUUCUUUAUUUUACAUGGUGAUUUCAUUGUUACAGAUGUUCCACUUUUAUAUAGUUUUUAUUCACAGUUUA